CUUGACUCACUGCAACAUUGAAUCUUUGUGCCUAACAUGAGCUUUGAAGUGAAUAUAUCCUGAAAGGGACAAACAGUGAAAAGGGAUCAAAAGAAGCCAUGGUUUCUGUAGCAUCAAUCCAGCAACUUUUCACCCCAGCGUUCACUGUUGAUAUCCGGAAGGUUAAAAGUAAUGCCAGGAAAAUGACUGAGCGAUGUCAGACUUUGGGAGUUCAACUCAGGCCACAUAUGAAAACUCACAAAACUCUGGAGUGUGCAGAUAUAAUGACUAGAGGCUCUCAACGCUGCAUUGUUGUUUCUACGUUGACUGAAGCCCGUUUCUAUGCUGACAAUGGCUAUGAUGAUAUCCUGUAUGCCUAUCCAUUGCCUAUUGACAAGGUGGAAGCCUGUGCAGAGCUAGCAGAAAGACUGGAGAUGUUCCACGUGCUGGUUGACAGUGAGGUGGCUGUGCUAGAGCUCAAGAGGAGACGUCUGCGAGACAAGAAGUCGUGGCUGGUCUGGUUAAAGUUGGACUGCAACAAUGGAAGAGCCGGAGUGCAACCUGAGGACUCAAAGGCACUGGUACUGGCAAAGUUCAUAGCAGACAGCGAGGGGAUGGAGCUGGCUGGUGUGUACGCACAUUGUGGAAAUUCUUAUGAAGCGACUGGAGUUGAGGAGAUCCAGGCUGUGGCACAGGAAACCACGAGUGCCACUCUGAAAUUUGUGGAGAAGUUGGAGAAGGCAGGUGUGAGGCGUCCUCGCAGUAGCAUUGGAUCAACACCUUCCUGCAGUCAUCCUGUAUCAGACAUGGGACGUCUCAAUGAACUCCACCCUGGAAACUAUAUCUUCUAUGAUGUCCAGCAGCUAAUGAUUGGCUCCUGCCAGAUGGAUGAUAUCGCAGUGCGUGUGUUGACAAGAGUCAUAGGUCAUUAUCCUCAUCGCAACCAGCUACUAGUCGACUGUGGCUGGACAGGAUUGAGCCUGCAUAGUCUAGGAAAACUGCCUACUGGCUAUGCAAUCAUUGAGGGGCAUCCUGAACUGAAGUUGGUGGGAAUGACACAAGAACAUGGGAAGAUCGAAUCAAUCUCAGGAAAGCUGGAUUUUGAUAAGUUCCCACUUGGAAGUCUCAUCUCACUCAUCCCUUAUCAUGCCUGUGCAACUGCAGCAAUGCAUCCCGUUUACUACGUGCAUUCAGAAGGGAAGAUUAUCGCUGAAUGGAGACCGACACGAGGCUGGUUGUGCUGAUGCACUUUUCGGCAUCCACCAAAUCUGGGAGAAAUUAAAUUACACAUAAUUUGGGUGAAUAUCAACCAACUUUCCUAUGCGUGGUUCAAUAGAAGAUGAUGCCUGCUGGAAGACACGAAAGGCAUAAAUCAAUACCACCUGCAGUGCCGUGCCUAGCACACUUGGAGAGUUUGCCCAUCCUGGAAUAAUUGGCUGAUAUACUGGAGGAGUCUUGUUCAAGCAACAGAACCUCUGAGAACGAAUUGCAGUACUGAGGGAACACAGAAGGAUUGUACUUGUUUCAUUAGGUAUGUUCAAUUUAUAUUAGUUAUUGCUUGCUAGUUAUUAGAGCAGUGGUUCUCAAUGUGGUCCAUCCACAUAGUUCUCCAGAGGGCCACAAGUAAAAACAAGAAACAGGGAACCACAGGAGUUUCUGGAUGGGUUCUGAUAAGUUUAAAAUAAAAAAUCAAACAGACUGUGUCAGUACAAAAAGAAAGCAAAAAAAGAAAGAAAGAAUAAUAAAUAAAUAAGCAAUAAAUAUCGAGAACUUGAGAUGAAGAGUCUUGAAAGUGAGUCCAGUUCUGUGGGAAUAGUUCAGUGAUAGGGCAAAUGAAGUUAUCUCCUCUGACUCAAGAGCCUGAUGGUUGAGGGGUGAUAUUGUUCUUGAAACUGGUGAUGCAGGUCCUGAGGCUCCUGUAACUUCUUCCUGAUGGCAGCAGCGAGGAGAGAACAUGGCCUGGAUGGUGUGGGUCUUUGAUGAUGGAUACUGCUUACCAUGUAGAUGUGCCUGAUGCUAUGGAGGGGCAGACCAAGGUUGGUGACAAAUCAGCAUAUAGGCUGGGCUAUAUCCACUACUUUCUAUAGGCUUUUCCAUACCAUUGAUAUUUCCAUUCCUGGCCAUGAUGCAACCAGUCAAUAUACUCUCCAGCACACAUCUAUAGAAGUUUGUAAUAGUUUUAGAUGACAUGCUGACUCUUUACAAAUUUCUAAGAAAGUAGAGUCACUGCUGUGCUUUCUAUGUAAUAGCACUUACGUGCUACACCCAGGACAGAUCUUCUGAAUUGAUAACACCAAGGAAUUUAAAGUUGCUGACCCUCUCCACGUCCGCUCCCCCAAUGAGGACUAACUUAUAGACCUCUGAUUUCCUCCUCCUGAAGCCAAUAAUCAUCUCAAUGAGUGGCACCAA